AUGAUCAGACAAGACGUGUGUCCAUGUUCUCUCGACUUACCCCCCCACCUGGGGGGACUGAUGGUCUCGUAUGGAGCUUUGCUAGAGUACCGGAUCACGUGCAUCGGGUCACGGGCAACCGUGACCUUGGUGUACGGAGACCCGGUACCACCGAAGAAAGGAAGGUGGAGGAAGAGGAGACGUGCGCCAGGGAAGGCUCAGGGGGAGACAAAACCGGCGGCUAAACCGCCGGCAGCGCCACCUUCUGCUUCGCCACCCAUCGCCGCUCCCCGUAUGAGGAUAGGAAUAGAAGAGGCACCAGCCCCGGACAUCCCGUCUUCUGCGUUGGAACCAAAUAGACCAACUCCACAGGCCAGGACUUCAGCGCCUCCGGUUGUGCCGCCGAUUAUACAGGCGGCACCCGUUGAGGCGCAGGCCCGAAAAGUGGCUAUAGUAAAAACGGAAGGCAACCACUCCCCCGAGUGGCCAACCAGACAAGCCAAGCCAACCGUUCCAACCGCCGAAACCUGA